ACAACGCUAAUGUGAGCAGUGUAAAUAAGCUGGUCGUAUAUUUCUUAAUGUUGUCAAUGUAGGCAUUUUCCCAAAUUAGACUAGUGACGUGAAGAAAUCACUGUUUACAAAAUCAUUUUCAGCGAUCACGUGGAGUACUUUUAACAGUAAGACAUGGAGGCUACACAAGCCAACAGUGCGACUCUCCUAUGCUAGAUUGAUGAUCGCCGGUUCAUUUUUCAGUGGAGCCCUUCUAUAUGAUUCUUCAGAGAUACAAAAUAUUCUCAUCAUCGGCUUAGGUGGUGGUGUUAUCAACAACUAUUUUAGCACUAUGGACAAGCUUCAGCUAAACGUCACAGUUGUUGAUAACGAUCCAGUCAUGAAGGCGAUUGCCAGAAAAUGGUAUGAAUUCGAGUCAACAUCGACGCAAAGGAUAAUUGUAGAUGAUGGACUUCGAUAUAUUCGUGAGGGAGUACAAAGAGGUAACUCCAAAUAUAUAAAAUAUCUACCUGUUUUGAUACUUGAACACCCAGUAUUAACGAGUUGUGUGGACCCCAGCAUAUUUUCCAUUCGUCUCUUUGCCUUGCAAUCGUCGUUCAUGGUGGUGGUUUGA